AUGGCGUUGUCAAAAGCAGUCACUCUCGACGACGUCUCGUUUCCAUUUUCUUCUUCUUCCUCCUCUAUCUCCUCCGAGUCCGGGUUAUCCUCCGAAGUUAUCCAAGCGUACGAAAACAUCGGCUUCGUCUGUUUGAACGGAUUUUUACGCGAAGAGGAAACACAAACGCUUCUUCAGCGCGCGAAAACGCUCGAGCGAGACCAUCAUCGCCGCGAGAAAACGGAGAAUACGUCCAAAAAAACCGUGUUCACGACCGGGGAGAAGAAACAAGCGUCGAGUUGUUCGGACGAAUACUUUUUAAACAGCGCUUCGAAUGUUUCGUAUUUUUACGAGGAGGAAGAAGAAGAAGGAGAAGAGACUUUGAAUAAAAUCGGCCACGCGUUGCACGAUUUGGAUCCUGCAUUCGGUGCAUUUUCACGAAGCGAGAAGAUGAAGCGAUUUUUAGAACAGUUGGGUUUAGUCAAGCCGACUCCGGUGCAAUCGAUGAUUAUAUUUAAAAACGCGCGGUGCGGCGGCGAAGUCGUGCCUCACCAAGACGAUACGUUUUUGCGCACCGGGCCGGAAAAGAGUACGAUUGGCGUUUGGGUCGCGUUGGAGAAGUGCACGAUUGAGAAUGGGUGUUUGCGAGCGUUGCCAAGAAGCCAUUUGAAUGGAACGAGGAAGCGGAUGUUUGUAAAUCACGAUGCGGAAGUGAGAAAGGUGCAGUUUUCGAACGACGGCGACGGCGAGGAAGUUGAGUAUAACAUAGAAGAGUUCGUGCCGUUGACAGUCGACGCGGGAACGUUAGUCUUUUUGCACGGAGAGAACGUGCACUGGAGUUUAGCGAAUACGAGCGAUAAAAAUCGAAUGGCUUACAGCGUGCAUUACGUGGACAGUGGGAAGGACUCGUGCGUAUGGCUAAACGAUAACUGGUUACAACGACCAGAGACGUUUCCGUUCAAAUGUCUUUGA